AUGUGUGCCAAGUCUAAGAUCAAGUGCUCGGGUGGAAUUCCUUGCGGUCACUGCGCGGCCAGAAGCCUUGAGUGUUCGUAUCAGCAUCGUAAGCGGAGGAGUACCGCUUAUAGAACAGAAGAUGAGGCUUGGACAGAUCCAGACGAUCAGCUGCCCACAACAACGACGACCACGAGGGACUCGAAUUCAGAAGGCUACGAUACUGAGGACGACGCAGUGAUUGGAGAGCAGAACAGCGACGCUACUGCGAGGGACCACGGAUUUACUCAUGUUGACCAGAAUGAAGUACCAGAGCAGCAAGAGCAUCGGCAGUGGCAAACACCCUUCACAUCGGUUGCCAUCUCCAGCACUCCCGAUGACACGUCUCCCCCCGGCGCAACAUUCACAGUGUCGCCAGUACCCGACGCAAGCUCUGGGCCGCUGACUCAAGCUGCUCUCGGCAGCCAGCUGGACGAUUCACCCAUGGCUACUAACUGGCUGCCUUUCGAUUAUGCAUUGGCAAGCGGCACGGACCCUAGCUACUUGGAUUUUGAAUCAUCCCAGGCCCCCUAUGAAGGUGAUGACUCCGAGGCCAUCUGCUCCCAGAGCCUGGACUCCACAGCUCGGCAGAAUGAUCAAGUAUCGGCUCUCAUAACAUAUAUGCGCGACAGACCUCCAGCAGCGGCCGUUUCUGGCCUGAAUACACCAGCUUCCCUGCCACAACCCGGACUGUACGCAGCGGGAGCUGGCUUCAGAGAAAGCCAGGCCGACCGACACUAUCUUCAGCGGCAUAUAGCUCGCUCUCGGCUUUGUCAUUCCGGAGAAAGCCGAUGGCAGUCUAGGCUCCCCUGGGAGGAGUUGCUAAUCAAAGAAGUCCGUCAUGGCAAGAAGAAACAUAAACAGUCUCUUCUCCAGAUUCCAGAAGCCAUCUUUUGGGAGGUAAAGCAGAAACUACUUCCACGAGAUGGCAGACCGAUUUUGUCGGCCGCGUUCCUCAUACGGUCGGAUGUUUUGCUUGAUAGAGAUACCUUCACCCAUCUCAUCCAACUUUACUUUGACAAUUUCCAUGCUCUAUAUCCGUUUCUUGAUCGCUCCCUUCUUUGCAUACCUGUCUGGGGCUGGAGUCUUUGUAUAGCAACAGCGGCAAUCGGAGCGCGUUACUUUGGUGUUUCCGAGUUAACCAUGUAUGGCGAAGAAUUAUGCAGUGUCCUGCAUGAGCUCCUUCUGAUAGAGCUCAAUUUCGGACGAGUGCAGGAUUCUCUUCCCUACAUCCAAGCCCGGAUGCUCGCCGCUGUUGGUAUGUGCCAAAGCCAACUGCCGAGCCAUAUAAAGUGCGGCCACGUGGCGUUGUCUCUGGCUUGCAAUUCGUGCCUCCAGCUUCAAGUGCUGGACGAAGACGACGAAAUCGGGUCAUACCAGCAAGGUCAAACCGUCGAACAGGUCUGGCUGGCCUGGCGCUUCCGCGAGACGAGAAGAAGAACUGGAUUAUUCAUCUGGAUCAUGGACAGCUGCCUCGCGUUUGCCACCGAACACCCCCCGAACAUGCCUCUCAAGAACUUACAACUUCGUGCUCCCAGCAAGGACGACCUAUGGGAGGCUGACUCCUACCAGGCCUGGCUCAAGAUCGCGAGGGGCCGGUUAGAAGACGAUGCCACUGUACAUGCAGACAGAUUUCUCGCGGAAGAGGCAAAGAGACAAAGCAUUAGGGAAGCUACGGAAUCACUGUGGCGCAAUCUUUGCGCUCCAGAGUGCGCAACCGAAUUUGGAACGACAAUUAUCAUACAUUUCCUCUUGUGUCGCAGAUGGGCCGCAGACCAGUUCCUGGGCGAUCGUCUGGCUCUUGACUACCAAAGCCCUCAUCACACACAACUACCACCCCGGGAUAGAUAUCUGGGCUCAGUGCCAGAGUACGCUAAAUGGCGCAAUUACACCUGUGAUUGCCUAGAUGUCCUCCAUUUCGAGUCCGCAGGGCUUUCCGUACGUCGGGGGGGCUUUGAGGAUUCAGUGUUCCUACAUUUGCACAUGUCCCGUCUGGUAAUUCUUGUGCCUGUCGCGGAACUGCUCGAAUACGCUCACGAGAACAUCAAUAUGAGCUCCAGUCAAUUUCUUCCCCAUCAUCUAUACCGCCUUAAUAGGCCGGAUACCAAGUGGCGGCAGGCCAUACUUACAUGGGUGAAUCAGGAUCGGUACAAGGCACGACUUGCUGUGAUACAUGCAGGCGCCUUGUUCUGGCACGUUAGACGAUACUCCUCCCAUGCGUUAGUCGAGCCUUUUGCCGUUUUCCUUGCCGCGCUCGUCCUUUGGGCAUUCGUGUCAGCGCGCGGUUCCGAGCCAGCAAAGAACAGCUCGAGUGGGAACGAUGAGAAUAUCAGUCAGAGUUUAGAGGCGACAGGCUUGCCAGCAACCCACGACACGCCCAAGCAGACACGACGCAUGCCGAGCACAAUACAGAUCGAUCGGCCCGUAGACGACGAGCUUGUGCAACACUUUAUUCGCUCAGGAGACCACAUGCGGAUCUCUAUGGAGGGAGUAGAUGAUCUAUACUCAAAGCAGGGUCCCCUGCAAAUCCUACGCGAGGCUGUUGGAGUACUGCUGGAGCACAGCUCGGUGUGGACCAUCUCGGAGAGCUAUGCGACCUAUCUCGACGCUAUCGCAUGUGAGUUGGAGAAAACACGGGAAGAACGAAUUGUAUAG